AUGGGUUUCGGGCUUCCUGCAGCCAUUGGCGCCCAAGUGGCAAAACCUAAUGCAGUGGUCAUUUAUAUUGAUGGUGACGUAUCCCUUUGUAUGUCACUGCAUGAGAUGUGUUUUGCCGCGGAGAUAAAGUUUAAGAUCAAAAUCCUGGUACUCAACAACGCCGAUCAAGGCAUGGUUACACAAUGGCAGGCUCUCAAUUACGAUAAACGAUACUCUCACACUCACCAACGAAAUCCAGACUUUGUGAAGGUGGUUGAUGGAAUGGGUAUCGAGGCUCAGCGAUUGGAUGUUGCGUCUGAUAUCACAGACCAACUCGAGUGGUUCAUUCGCUCAGAGGCCCUAUCCUUGCUAGAGGUGAAGGUGGACGAAAAGAUGCCCGAGCUUCCCUGGGUUACUCCCGGUAAGGCACUAGAUGAGAUUAUUAUGAGUCCCAGCCAGAUUGGGACUUCUAAGAAAUAG